GAUACUGUCGUGCCGGGAAGUGACUCGUGCCCUCAUAGGAGAGGAGAGAGCAGGUUAGGGGGCUGGGCUGGGCAGCUGCUUUAGCAUGGGGAUCCCUAAGGAGGCGCCAACUGAGCAAAGAGCUGGAGGAAACCAGGAAUGAGCCAUGCCCACCCCCACUUCAGCUUCUCAUCCACUGUCAGGCUUCUAGUGGCCAGAAAAUCCAGUGAGGUUCAGAUGGAUGUUAAAAGCCCAGGCCCUGCUUUCUACCUGCCUUCCUGGCCCACAGGAAUCCACGGACCCUCUCGCAGGGUCACACGGAAGCCAGGGGUUCAGUGGAGACACAAACCCUGGCCAAUGCCAGAAGCAUCUUCUGGGGAGAGGGGGGCAGCCUGGGGACAGAUCCCAGGCCCCGCCACAAGGUGGCGGGGGACAAGUCCUGGGAGAACCCAAACUCGGCCUAUUGGCUGGGAGUCUCUCCAAGAUUCCAGGAGACUCCUGAGAGGCGGCCAAGCCUGACCCUGACCCUCUCCUUCCUUCACAGGGCAGAGUCCGAGGUGUCCCCCAGACCAGGCUCCCCCAAGGUCAGUGGGAGUCCCUCGGAGGCAGCCACUCCAGCGGAGGACAUGGCUCGGAGAACCAAGCGCCCAGCGCCAGCCCGGCCCACCAUGCCGCCCCCCCAGGUCUCCAGCACGCGCUCCUCCCCUCCAGGCCCACUCCUGCCCCCUGGCUCUAGCAGCCCUGUGAUCCCCCAGGCUCUGCCCCGCCGUCUGGUUGGCAGCAACCUCCGGGCCCCUACAGUGCCACCCCCAUUGCCCCCCAAUCCUCCCCAGCCCGCCCGGCGCCAGAGCCGGCGUUCACCAGCCUCCCCCAGCCCCGCCUCCCCAGGGCCGACCUCCCCCAGCCCUGCUCUGAGCAUUCCUGCGCAGGUGGACCUGGGGGCGGCCCCAGAGGAGGGAGGGGCCCCUGAGGCUGUGAGCGGGACCUCCACUCCCCCAGCCAUCCCCCCUCAACCCCGGCCCAGGAGCCUUGCCUCAGAGACCGACUGAGCGGGCUGCCCCUCUGCAACAGCCCCUCAGCAUCUCUUCCCUCCCACCUGUCCGCCCAGGACACAGCCCUCACCCAUCCCCGGGGUGGGGGCCUCCAGCUUUUGCCUACAAGUGCCUCGGUGCCCGCUGGGUCGGCCCCCAUGGCAAAGAGGACUCAGGACAGUCCUCCACCUCCAGACCUUUCCCUCUGCAGCCGCCCUGGGCUUGGGGACCCCUCACCCAACUCGCAGCUCUCUGGCAGGGUCCCCGGGGAGCCGCCGGAAGGAAGGAGGGGCUUGCCUGCUCCUACAGGACUGUUAUUUUUCUCUUGCCAACAGAUUGUUUUGUAAGGCUGGUAAAUAAAUUAUUUUGGACAAAACUAGAGCAGCUGCCCCAAUUAUAGUUGGGUUUUUUCUUUCUGCCCUCAAAAUAAAGAAGCCACUUGCAUGAAAGGGAA